AUGCUGAUAAACCCGUUUCGACCAUACGAUGGCCCACCAGUCUAUCAAGAAGAGUACUAUCGAAACUCUAGCUAUGUGCCAAAUGUUAUCAAGACCUGGAGAUUCCAGAUUAUCGCACCAGAUACUCCAUAUGUUGCAGCAGCUAAUGGAAACACACUAUACUUCAUCGAUACUCGUUUCCACCGUGACACCGCUCAGCAUAUCAAGAAUCAAAUUGAGGCAAUAACUUUCGCAAAGGGAGAAGAGUACGUCGCUAUAGACGAGUUUGAGGCCACAGCAGAACUUAAAAUUCGAGAAACCGGCGGAACUACCUUUUCAUUUGACCCUGCCUAUGCUAGGGUAUUAUUUGCUAGGGGGAUUAAUAGACAAAACCCAGAGAUCAAAUUACCUGAGCCCAAGUCUGGUGAUUGGCUAGUGACCUAUGAUCUGGAUGAAAUUGUAGGUAAGAAAAAUAAAGCUUUAAAAGAGCAAAAUGAAGACGAAUUUGAGUAA